AUGGCCGAAGAUGGACAGUCUCCUGCGAUGUUGGCACCCCCCAAGGUGACUGCGUUGAAAGAAGAGGCAGCUCACGAGGGUCAAGACAGAGGGCAGAUGCUGCGUACUAUCAGUAUGGACAUCCGAGAAGAGCGUGAGGAUCUGAAGCGGGCCGCCGAACAGUCAUUGAACGCUAUACUGGAGCUGGGCCUUGAUGGCAAGGUCAAGUGGGCCAGCCCUUCAUGGACGGAUCUUACUGGAGGAGCAACAAAGGAUGUCAUCGGCAAAGAUAUAUCGGAAGUCAUUGUGGGCAAUGUCAAUGUGUUCGCGGAAUGCGUGGAAGCUAUACGGCAGGAUGAUUCCAAAAGCCGCAUCAUCCGAUUCUCUGUUCUUGAUCGGUCGGCUGCGGAAACCGCUGCUUUUGGAUCCGCAGAGGAGAAGACACCGGUCGAAGCGAAGGCUGGUCACAAGGGCUGGCCACAGUCGGAGCAGUCUGGCCAGGAUGGAAGGGGUUCCGAAAAACAGGAGACGGGAGAGCCGCAUCAAGGACAGGAGCAGGAGCAUGAGCAGGAUCAAGAGCAGUCUCAACCACAGCAGAAUGAGGAGAGAAUCGACUUAGAGGCUCAAGGCAUUAUGGUCUACGAUCGCGACACAGGAGAAGAAAGCCAUACCAUGUGGAUGAUCAAGCCGGCUGUGUCGCGUGAAGUUACGAUUGACCUUCCGGACAUGCUGGUGGAAUCGCUUGGAAUUGGUGCCGAGAUGCUUGCCAACUACCUCACGCUGCUGACCGAUGUAGGCGUGCACGAUCCUGGAUCACAUCCCCCGCCCCUGCCCGUUCUCUGUCGGAUUUGCGAACGCCAAAUCACUCCCUGGUGGUUUGAAAAGCACACUGAGCUUUGUGCGCAAGAUCAUCGGGCGGAGAUGGACGUGCAAAUGGCUCAAGAUGCUCUCAACGAACAGCGUUCGGCUCUGGUCAAGGUUCUGGACGCACUGGAAGCACAGCAACGAUUUGCGAAGCCGUCAUCGAGCUCUGGGAGCGAUACUGGAUCACCAACACCGCCACCGCGAGCGGAAUACAAGGGCAUGCCAAUAGGAUCACACUCCAAUCCAUCGUCUAAUCCAUCCUCUGGCCGAGCUUCACCAGCCGCGAACGCGCCCAGAUCACGUGACUCAUCCGCCAGCGGCUUGAGCCAUCACAGAGCUCGCUCCUUCGCUGUCAGACGUCCACUAUCCAGAAUUGUAGAGCUGGUUCUGGAUCUUUGUGAUACUGCCAUGGAGAUCAGCACACCAUCCGUCAAGGACAGCAAAGUCUCUGCUCCCGGCGAAAUCAGAACGCAGUCACCACAGUCUGAGAGCCGCAUUUCGCAGGUUUUGGGCUGGCAAUCACCAAGCACGACUACCAUCGAGAACGAGCAGGGCCUGGCGAGUCUUUGCGACGACACCUUCCAGAUGGCUAGGUCAAAGAUUGAGGCUAUUUUCCGCCACCGACGCAUCCUGGAGUACUCUGAGCGCAUCCGUAUGGAGUACGAGCUUCUGGUGUCGGAGUGUAUCGAAGCCGCUAUCGACAAAGCAGCACGGAUCAAGUCCGGCGAGCUCAGCGACUCUGGCGAAGAUUCUUCGUGUGAGACACCAGAGCAAGAGGCUCCAGCUCAGGAGGAGACGGUGUCAGCUCCUUCUGAUGAACUUCACAUUGAAGACUCCAUCGGCUCGCCACAGCGUCGGCUGUCAGCUCUCCCCUCCUCCAUGGCAAUGGCGCUGCGAAAUGGGUCCGAUGUGGCACUGGAUCGUCGUACCUCGUCUGCCGGCUCUUCUAGAGCUAGCAGUCCGCGCGGUGCUGCAACGCCAAAGUCGCAUGGCGCCAUGUCUGAGCAGUUUGCGUUCCAAAAGCGCCAUUCUAUUGCGUUCGAAAGCGACACCGGUGCCGACAGCGACAGCAGCAUGCAUUCCUCAGUCGCCUCCGUCGGACACAGGAGAGUCGAUUCCCCAAGCGGCGAGACUUCUCUCAGCCGUGUGGCCAGUCAUCGUUCACGUGAGAGAAAGCGACAAAGCCUUGUCCUUCCUAGCUUGGUUGGUUCAUCCUCCGGUCGUCACCAGUCACCCGCUCGCGGUUCUCAACCACCACAUUCGCCUCUGCGCAUGACGAAGCCUAGACUGCCUAGUCAAGCUGACAGCGUGCCUUCUCCAAUAACAUCGCCUGUUUUAUCGCACAGUGAGUUCCCAUCACCGGUGGUUCGAGCGCAGCACAAGCAUCAUCAUCGCCGUCAGUCGUCGGCAGCACUGGCUGAAGCAAUGGGUCGACCUGCCUCGCCGCGUCUCCACGCCACGGUGAGCGUUACUCAGCCAAGGGCCGCUCAGACGUCCAUCAAAGACUUCGAGAUCAUCAAGCCGAUCAGUCGAGGUGCGUUCGGAAGUGUAUACCUGGGGAAGAAGAGGUCCACUGGUGACUACUACGCGGUCAAGGCUUUGAGGAAGGCAGACAUGGUGGCCAAGAAUCAAGUUACAAACGUCAAGGCGGAACGAGCCAUCAUGAUGUGGCAAGGAGAAAGUGACUUUGUCGCUAAGCUAUACUGGACUUUCUCGAGCAAGGACUAUCUCUACCUGGUCAUGGAGUACCUCAACGGGGGAGACUGCGCGUCUCUUAUCAAGGUGCUUGGCGCGUUGCCAGAAGAUUGGACGAAGAAGUACAUCGGCGAAGUUGUGCUGGGCGUCCAGCAUUUGCAUAGCCGGCAGAUCGUUCACCGUGACCUGAAGCCGGACAAUCUGCUCAUCGACGCGAAGGGCCACUUGAAGCUGACGGACUUCGGUCUCUCACGCAUGGGUCUCAUCGGCAGACAAAAGCGCGCAAUCAACGCACAGCCAGAGGACGCCCCACCCGAUUUGCUCAAGACAGGCCCUUUUAGGAGAGAGCCUUCUGUCGCAUCAUCAAGGACCUCUUCUUUCGACUUCCAUGGCAAUAACCAGUCUCCUGCCCAUACGCCUGCGAUGGUUCCAGCGUGGACCAAUGAGCUCAAUCAGCCCUCCUAUUUCAAUCUCAACCGGGAGAGCUCGGCUUCGCGAGAGCCUUCGCGUCGAACCUCAGGGUACCGCAGUGACAGUGGCGAUAGCGAAGCUCUGGCUGCGGCUAUGUUCAGAAGAUUCUCCAUCGCAGACAGCCGGACACCGAUCGAAGAGGAAAACGCAGACGAAGAAGGCGGCGAGUCUCCAGACCCAUACGCGCUUCAUCCGGUCCAGAGCAACUCGAGUGCGCCCAAAGUAGGAACACCACCUCAGACUUCAGCAAUGCCUCCACCUAUCAUGUCGCUGUUCGAUCCCGAGGACAGCAAUCGCCGGUUUGUAGGUACGCCUGACUACCUUGCACCCGAGACCAUUGCCGGCCAUGGACAAGACGAGAUGAGUGAUUGGUGGUCGCUUGGAUGCAUCCUGUUUGAAUGUCUGUACGGGCAGCCGCCUUUCAAUGCAGACACGCCAGAAGAAGUCUUCCAGCACAUUUUGGCCCGCAAUAUCCACUGGCCCGCCGACGAUGACGAUGAGUUUGAGGUCUCGGACGAAGCCAAGGAUCUCAUCAACAAACUGAUUUGUCUCGAUCCCAAGGAGCGCCUCGGCUCGAACAAGGAAGAGAAGUACGCAGAUGGAGGCGAAGAGAUUAAGGCACAUCCUUGGUUCCGUGACAUGAACUGGGAGACGCUGCGCGAGGACGAAGCAUCCUUCAUUCCUGUCAGCGAGAACCCAGAGGACACCGAGUAUUUCGACGCACGAGGCGCAACGAUGCAAAACUUUGCGCACGAAUUUGAGGACCAGCAGUCGUCCCCAGGCGUGACACCAGGCGCUGACUAUCCGGAGCGGCCACACGAUGCGUUGUCUCGGGUUAGGAGCCAGGUCAACUCCGUCAAGCGUGGGCUCAUGCCGUUGCACAUACCGCCGCACGUUCGCGAUUCGCGCUCACGCCGGCUGAGUGAGCCUGUUGUCGCUGACGACUUCGGCAACUUCCAGUUCAAGAACCUGCCUGUGCUCGAGAAGGCAAACAAGGAUGUCAUUCAGAAGCUGCGCAGCGAGACGAUGCAGGCUCAAGCCAAGACUGCUCAAGGCGGUGGCGCUUCGUCUUCUGCGGUCUCGCCAUCACCGGGACCUUCUCUGGAGUCAAGCCCGGUCUUGCCAAUGCCUCUCAAGCGGGCCUUGUCCCAGACUCGUGGGCACAAUCGCCCGCAGUCACCUUCGCUCCUCAGCCAGGCAGAGUCGUCGCCCAGCAGAGGUUCACAUCCAUCUUCGCCGCUGCUCGUGUCGUUCAGCGCAGGCCAGAGCCACGAGAGACGUAAGACUUCGAGUGGAUCAUCCAGUCUAUCGCAGCAGACGAGCAAUCCUUCGCAGCAUUCGAACUCACUGCAACCUGGCAACUUCUUCGAACAAGGGCCACGACUUUCUAUGUCCUUCAAGACUCCCUCCAAUACACCAUCACCGAUCAAGGGCGCCAAGCCGGGCUCUGUACAUCUACCACUUGCACAACAAGACAAACCUGCCGUGCCUCAGCGGCAAAGCAAUGCUACUUCUCCACGGCAGAGGUCUCACACGGUCGGCUCUCAGGAAGGCGACCUGGUGCCUGAACUCGUGCCUACGCAUUACAAGCGGAGAAGCGGGGUGUUCGACAUUUCACCAUCGUCCUCUGACACUGAGGAGACACGGCAGAAGGCUUUGUUGCGGGUCCAACGGCGGCGGGCCAGCUCGAGAAGGCUGUCGCAAGUCAGCUUGGCGGAUGGCCCAAGUUUCCGGACGCUGGACGUACUCGUGUGUGAAGACCAUCCAGUGUCGCGGUUGGUCAUGGAGAGACUUCUGGAGAAGUUGCGCUGUCGCACGAUCUCUGUCAACAAUGGCUCGGAGGCCAUGCGGUAUGCUAUGAGUGAGGUCAAAUUCGACAUCAUCAUGAUGGAGUUCAAGCUGCCGCAGGUCAAUGGCGCCGACGUCGCACGCAUGAUCCGCGAUACCAAGAAUGCGAAUUCUCAUACGCCGAUUGUUGCGGUCACUGGCUAUCUGAAAGAGCUGCAAGCACCGCACCACUUUGACGCUCUAGUCGAGAAGCCGCCCACGAAGGAGAAGCUGGAACAAGUCAUUGGCCGUCUCUGCCAGUGGAAGACGGCUCCGGAAGGCUGGAAGCCAAGCAUGCCGCAGCCAAUACCUCAGUCGAGCCUGCGACAGGAGUCCAUGCCAACAGAUGACAGCCCGACUACCACCGCAUCGUCCGGCUUUGGCAGCUUCGGUCCUGCACUAUCCAGCAGCUACGUCGGUUCAAGUCGAGGUGAUUCCAUUGGGUCAAGCCAACUUAGCUCGCUUGGGGAGUCUGAUGGCCACUUUGACAGCAUUCCUGUGAUCAUUAGCCGUCAGGCCACGAAUGACACUUUCGAUACGGCAGACCUUGAGCGUAAUUUUGGCGGCCUUGGUAUCUCUCACUCUGUUACCGAAGAGCCCAAGUCUGACAGGAACAUGCCGCACGCGCCUGGCCUGGUCACACAAGCAUCCGCUCCUGCUACUUUGAACACACCAGACCAUCCUUCUGUGCGCAAACAGCCUUCUAUGGAGGCCAUUGAAGCGAAGCGCCGUUCACUGGAGAAGAUCCGCAACGAGUCUGCAGCCGAAUCUGGCGACGAUGAAGACGAAGAGCUCGGCAACUCUCAAGCACGAACUCGCUCACCAAAGCGCCACGUCAAACGGACCUCGAAGCUGGGCACAGAGAUGAUGCGCACCAACAGCCAAGGGAGCGUCAUCUCCGCUGAAGACGUAGCGGGCAGUGUUCGGGAAGUAGCAGUCCACGAGCCUCGCAGCGAAUCCCUCGACGCCAUGACCAUCAUCGAAGAGCCAGCCGCCGAAGUCGAAGCAACAGGCCACCUCACCCCUCCUACCAUGUUCCCUCCUCAGCCAGGCGACCACACUGAGAACUUCGACAUGGACUCCGCGCAACUCGAUCCGAACGCUACGCCCAAGCCACAGCACGGCGGCGAACUGCCGGAUCCAGAUCCCACUCCGCGAGCGUCUACGUCGCCUCAGCACCAGGAUUGA